AUAUCUCUAUAGUUUUUGUUUUUUUUUCUUUCCUAAAAUUAAAAUGCAUUAGCCAAAAAUAAAAAUUCCGAUCAUUGUAAGGAAAGAAAUGUUGAAGAGUGUAAAUCCAAUGGCAUUUUACGAAACCGGGGAGCAACAAUUUCCUACUAUAGGGUACAUCGUAAGCAAACCUGGGAAUGCAGGAGCUUACGAGAUCGACCCUCCGAUCCCGACCGUCGACGAUGCGAUCUACGGCUCAGAUGAGUUCCGCAUGUACGCCUACAAGAUCAAACGGUGUCCUCGGACUCGCAGCCACGACUGGACGGAGUGUCCCUACGCUCACCGCGGAGAGAAAGCCACUCGCCGUGACCCUCGCCGUUACAGUUACUGCGCCGUCGCAUGCCCGGCUUUCCGUAACGGCGCAUGCCACCGUGGCGACACCUGCGAAUUCGCACACGGUGUGUUCGAGUACUGGCUCCACCCGGCGCGUUAUCGGACACGCGCAUGCAACGCCGGAAACUUGUGCCAGAGGAAAGUGUGUUUCUUCGCACACGCGCCGGAGCAGCUCCGGCAAUCUGAGGGGAAACAUAGGUGCCGGUAUGCGUACAGGCCGGUGAGGACGACGGCGGCGAGAGGCGGAAACGGCGGUAGUGUGGGGCUUAGAUUGGAUGGUGAGUAUUACGACACGUGGCGGUCUCCGGCGAAAAGCGGGAAAAGUGAUUUAGAUAUCAACGAGGAGAGAGUUUCGAAGUGUUGGAGUGGGAUGAGCAUUGUGGAUGAUCAUUAUGAGCCGUCCGAUUUGGAUUUGGAUUUGGAUUUGUCACAUGUUGAUUGGAUCUCAGAGUUGGUCGAUUAAAUUCAGCAAAACCAAAACAACCGAUAAAAUAAAAACUGAAUUUUUGUUUAUAAUCCAGUGGACCCCAAUCCAGUCGAGUCGAUGAUACAACCAACAUACAAGACCAAGAUUCAUCUUGCAAUAUAGCAAAAAGAGUUAUUUCUCGAAGCAUAUUAACUGAUUCUUGUUCUUCUGUAAGUCUUUGAUGUUCGAAUGCAAUUAAGUGUUACCUCGCAUUUCCACUAUUUUUUUAAUUCCUAAUAAAUCUUGUAUCAGUCAUUUUUCUU